AUGAUGAGAGAUUUCAUGGCCAGAACUGAUAAUUACAUGGCAAAGACUGAUAAUUUUAUGGCAAGGAAUGACACAAACAUUCAAGGUCUAUCAUCUACUGUGAGAAACUUGGAGAAUCAAAUGGGGCAAUUUUCCAAUGAGCUGAGAAAUAGGCCACAAGGCACCUUUCCUAGUGAUACCAAAAAUCCAAGGAGAGAUGGUAAGGAACAUUGUAAAGCCAUCACUUUGAGAAGUGGAAAAGAGUUGGAGAACCCUAAAGAAAACUCUGGGCAUGAGGGAGAGCCCUCUUCAAUCAAAAAUUGUGAAAAAGUCCAAGAAAAUGGGGAGAAGUCUAGUGAGCCCAAGCAUAUCUCUGCCCAGGAUGUUGUAGAAAUGCCGCAGCACAGGAGCUCAGUAAGUACAAAAUUCCAGCAACAACCACGAAGGUUUGAAAAGAAAAAGCAAGAUGCUCAAUUCAAGAAAUUCUUAGAUGUAUUGAAGCAGCUGCACAUCAAUAUUCUGCUUGUGGAAGCCCUUGAACAAAUGCCCAACUAUGUGAAAUUCAUGAAAGAUAUCCUUACCAAGAAGCAAAGGUUGGGGGAGUUUGAAACUGUAGCUCUUACCAAGGAGUGUAGCUCAUUUUUGCAGAAUAAAUUGCCUCCUAAAAUGAAGAACCCAGGGAGUUUUACCAUUCCAUGUACUAUUGAAAAUUCUUAUUGUGGGUUGGCUCUAUGUAACUUGGGGGCUAACAUCAAUCUGAUGCCAAUGUCUGUUUUCAAGAAAUUGGGAAUUGGAAAAGUCAAGAUUACUAUAGUUACUCUUUAA